AUGGACACAGCUGCUUCAGAUACAAAUGUGAUCCAAAGCCACACGCUGCAAGGUAAGAUUGUGCUUUGUCUGUGUGUGUUUACCAUCAACUAGACCUAGAAAUAAAUUCCAAACAUUACGUUCAGAUCAUAAGUGGAAGCAAAACCCAUGCCACUCAAAUCUUUUUUCUAGAGGCACUGAAUGUCUAGAGAUAUGGGAAGAAUUCUGAAGAGCAUAUAUGUGGAAAUUUACUGGCCCAGAGAAACCUCUCUUCAGCAGUACUUCUUUCUGAAAUUGCUUCUCCUUGACAAUUCUCUGGUGAUAUUUUUUCAGGGGGUGGGGGGGUGUGGUCUGGGAAGAGUCAUCCUGACCUGUAAGCAAUGAUACCCCCCAAAUCUAAGGAAGGUUUCUCUGAAAAUCCAAGCUCAAAGCUGAAAAUAUAUCUCUUUCCUCCACUCACAUUUCACUUGGUGUGCAGCAGUAAAGCCAUAUGUUUUUACUGGGUGAAUUGAUCUAUUAAUAUUUGGGGACUGGGGAAUUCUCUCUCAGAAUAUAAUGUUUAUAAUCAUGGAACUUUCUUCCAGCCAACCCAUUCAAUGUUUCCUUGAUAUGUCCAACUGGCAUGGUUUUCAGGGAGUCUAUUAGAAGACAAAGGUAAGAACUGGCUUCUUAAAUCAGAUCAUAAUUAUACAAUUGGAUAAGAACAAUUGGGCAAUGCUUUUUUAAAGGGGGGAGGGAAGACAUCCUGAAGAGAUGAAUUAUGAUACCUAUUUUUAAUAUGGAACUAUUGUUCUGGCACACCAAGAUAGAAAGCAAAAAAACAGGAGAUCUGGGUGAUUUAUUUGGUUCUUAAAAGUUAAUUCAGCACACGUCUUUCUUAUGGGCUUAUGAAAGUCCUCUCUGCGGGCACAAAAUGGUUUGAGGGAGAAUUUUAGGAUUUGUGUGGAUGGACCUAAGAAACAGCUGCUGUAGCAGCACGGUCUCUACCAGCCCUUGCUGAUUUGUAGGACAAAAUCUGCAUGAGGUUAAUGCAUUUCUAGGCUAUUAAACCUCCUACCUAUGCCUUCUAUGCUAUCAAAAAUUAAGUGAUAACCAUGUUUUGGUCUAUCACAAUGCUCUCAGAAAAGAUGAGUAUGUGAGUGUUCUUAAUGCAAACAUGCAUAGCAGAAAAACCUAUCAGGCAGUGCCACAUCCCAAGAUGUUGGACUAUACUUCUCACCCUCCCUGACCAUUGGCAUGCUGGCUAGGGAGGAUGGGAGUCCAGCAACCUCUGGAGGACCACAGGCUCUCCAUUCCUGUCUUGGACAUGUGGGGAACAGUUCCAAACUCACUUACAGGAGGAAGGUAGCAAUGUCUCCCCUUGCCCAGUUUUCUGCUGAAGCAUCCCUAUGGCAUUAGAAUUUGCAUUUCUCAGAGGCAACAGAGACUUCUUUUCAGAAAGUGCAACAUGCAUAAGUUAUAUCUUAAGAAUUACCAGUCAGUGUCAACAAUGACCAUGUCACUGACACAAAUCAUAACAACCUGUUAUUCUGACAGGCAUUUGUUUUUUAAAAGGAGGAUAGCAUUGAAAGAGCAACAUAAUGGGAGAGGUGUUUCCAGCUACCUCACCCUUUGCUUUUGGGAGCCUUAUAAGAAGCUGCUGCAGGAGAGAGACGAUGAGCAACAUCAUGGAUGGGUGCUUCUAGGGCUAAGGUAAAACUGUGAUGCCCCCUUGUUAUUUUUGCUAUUGGGUGCUGUAUGCUGUUUAAAUAAUCUUGGUAUAUUUAUAGUAUUGAAAUGUGACUUUUUGUAUGUUGUUAUAUUUUUAUUUUUCUGUGUUAUUAUGUAUUUUUUACUAUGUUACUAUUUUGUUAUGUUAUUAUGAAAUUGUUCUUCUGGUGUUUCUUUGUUGUAAGCUGCUUUGAGCAUGAUGCAUUUUGUGGAACAGCGGCAUACAAAUGAAAUGAAUGAAUGAACUGAAAGACGACACGAAUAUCUGUGAAAUGGAGACCCUUGAUAUUGCCAGUCAUUCAUCAACAAGUAAUUUUUAUGACAUUACCAAAGGGAUUUAAGGGCUCUAAAUACAAACUGAGCAGCAAACCGAAUACACAUUUUUUCCCUGCCUUAUAAAAGUCCCUCCAUGUUGCCGCUUUCCACUGCUGCAGUAUUAGUAGCAGAAUCCAGCAACAGCCCAUCUGUAUUUUUCGGGAGACUGUCAGAAUGGGAAGAGACUGGAGGUCAGUGUCAGGAGUAUAUGAGAUUGGAAGAGUGCUGCAUUUUGCAAGCCUUUUGUGAUGGUAGCAUUCUCUCAGUUUCUGUCAAUGUGGAGUUCUGCAGUGUAUUUUAAUAAGCAGUGCUUAUCCUCUACUGCAGGCUUGUCGUGUGCAUAUGAUACGCCAGCCGUUUACUCUCACCCAGUGGGUGCUUGAUAAGCACCCAUUUGUGAUGGCUGCAAAUCAUCAAGCACAUUGGAGCUUCCCUUCUGACAAACAAGAAUGAAAGCAUCUAUUUUCCUCCUUCAGGGAUGCUUAACAGAUAACAUGUAAAUAAAUAAAUAAAGUCCUCUUUUAUUUCUUUUUAAUACAAUUCUGUACCUUUACACUCACAUUCUUGAGGAAAGCCCAGAACAGGGUGCACAGGGACACAGAGGGAGAGGAGAGGGAGGCAAAGUUCUGUUGCACAAGCAGAAAUCCUUGCACCAGCAGAAGCACUUAGCUGGAUAUCACCCAUUGAAACCAAUGGACUUAACUUACUUAAGUUCAGUUAAUCUACUCUGAGUAUGAUUAAGGUUGCAUAUCACCCAUUAAUAAUAAAACAGUAAAAAAAUAAAUACAAGAGUCACAUACAUUUCUUUAAAAACUUUGUCAGGUAAGAUGUCUGUCUGAGUAACAAAGAUAUAAUAAUAAAACCCAAGAGCAUAGGUACAAACAUUUUUUCAAUGCAACCUGUGUGAAGACUCUCACAUGCAUCCCAGCUAGUAUUGCCUUGGCCACGGCCUGCCAUUAAUAAAUGGAGAAGAGCUUCCCUAAAUGGAUCUUAUGGAGUGGAUAGGCUGGUCUGGAAGGAGAAGCUCCUAAAGAGCUGAGGCCAUUGUUCUUGGCACAAACUUUCAUAUUUUGGGGGGCUUUAUAGCAAAUUAAAGGUAAAGGUACCCCUGCCCAUCAGGGCCAGUCGUGACUGACUCUAGGGUUGCGCGCUCAUCUCGCUCAAGAGGCCGGGAGCCGGCGCUGUCCGAAGACACUUCCAGGUCACGUGGCCAGCGUGAUGAAGCUGCAUCUGGCGAGCCAGCACCAGAGCAGCACACGGAAAUGCCGUUUACCUUCCCGCUAUAAAGCAGUACCUAUUUAUCUACUUUUCCAUUAGAAAAUAACUAGAGCCAAAAUCCAAUGCACAUCUAAUCCCAUUGAAACCAACAUGCUAAAGCAGACCGAACUCUGUGCAGAUUGCCUGGAUGGUGGCAUAAUAUAAUAUUUAGAAAAAUAUAAUUCAAAUAAGAAGAAGAAUUAUUCACUGGAUGGAUGUGCAUUAGCAAUAGUUUCUCUCAUGUCUUCCAUGCAAGCAAAUCUGUGAGUUUAUAAUAAAUUCCAUCAGAGCCGAACAAAUAAUUCAUUCUGAAUAAUUCAUCUGAUGAGUUUAUCCUUUUUUCCUUUGUAAAAUAUCUACAAGCAGAUCUGUUUCCCCCAAUUGUAUUUAUUGCUCCAAAUUAGUCAUCUUUUUCUGAUUCCAGAAAACAUAUUACAAUUUAAUUGUAAUUAUUCUUUGCAAGAUUUUUGUAUUCAUUUGGUAUAAACAUCCAUUACAGUGCAAAGGAUUUGAGUCAAACUUUGGCAAGCAUAUGAAUUUGGGCUACCAAGUUCAGCAGCUAUUUAAAUCAAUGUUGGGUGGGGAGAGAAAUCAACCAACUAUUUGGAAAUUUUAAUUUACUAUUGUUGAGAACUUCCAGCCAAGACUGAGAAUAUCCCAGUCGUAAACACAUCCCAGCUAUGACUCAAAGAACUGCUCUUGGAUCUUGAUCCAUAAUCACCUGUACUUCUUUGAUCUUGACCCAGCCUCACCCCUGCCAAGGGGAAAUGCACAAAUCUCCCCUGUGGUGAGAUAAAUCACCUGUCUAGCAAUUCAUCUCCUUGCAGGUCAAAUGCAUCAACUCCCAAUUUACACAAGAGAUGGAGGAGAGUUUUGUUCGAUCCAUAUUUUUACGUGAACCAACCUAAUUCACAUCUUUAGGACAAAUACAUGGAUUAGAAUAAAAGGAUCAAAAAUCCUUUAGGUUUUGCACUUCUUCAGAUUCGUAAUGAGUUCUCGGCUCAAAGAACAUACUAAAAUGCAUUAAAAAUGUGGGCAGUUGGGUCAAAAUGUGUUUGGAAAUACAUAUAUUGAGAUAAAAUUCAUACUUAAAUAAUACACAUAAUUUUCAUGUGGACUUUUUAUUUUAAAAAAUAGGUUAAUACAGAAAUGGCCUAAAAUUAAAUUAGAAAUUGGCACACACCAGACCAUUCAUGCCUACAUGGGUUCAUAGAAACCCAUAGAAACCAUGAAAUUUCAUUGAUUGAUUGAUGAAGCUGUUUGUAUCCCACCUUGCAACCUAGGAUCUCUGGGCAAUUCACAAUAAAAUCACUUAAAAAAAUGUAUCAUAUUCCACCAAUUUUUUCCCUAGAAAAAAUACAAUAAAAACAACAUAUCAGUAUCAGUGGUACAAAUAUCCAAAGACCUGAACAAAAAGCCAGAUUUGUACCUGGCAUCUGAAUACCAGUACUAUUGGUACUAACAAAACAAAACAAAAUUGGCAGGGAUUAAGUGAAGAUGGUUAUUCAUUUUCUUUUUAAAAUAUUUCAGUAGGCCAUAAUAGGGUUCUUAUUUAUUUAUUUAUUUAUUUAUUUAUGCAUGUAUGUAUUUAUAUUUCAAAUAAUUUUAUGCCCCUUUUAUAUUGAAAACACCUAUUUCUCUCAAAGUGGUUUACAACUUAAAAUAUCAAAUAGGGCAUUACAAAGUAUCAAAAUAGUAGAUUGCAGAUGAAAGUCAGAUACAGUACAAAAUACACAUGCAAAGUAGCAUAAUUAAAAAGAAAACAAAAUAGUCUCUUAAACGUAAAAAGCACAAUCGAUAUAACUCAUAUGCAAAAAUACAAUAAAACUCCACAACAUCGUUAACAGCUAAUCAAAUUAACUGAAAUAGAAGCUGCACCCACACUUUCUCUUCCCCCUUAUAACCAUUCCCAAAUACAGCCUUAGCAGUUCUCCACGUGCAAAGCAUCCCCACCAAACAUACAGGUAACACAGGUAACCCUCAGCCAACAUGGUGUUCCAAAUGGGGAAUAGUUUUCCAUUUUUGACAUUUGUAUACAGAAACUUACCUGUACAUAGGAGCUUACCUAUGUUCCUAACAGAGCAUGGUUCCCCUUUUAAAUUUUUGUAAACAGAAAUUUACAUGAUCUUGCUCCUCCAUUAACUCACGUCUCUCAUUGGCACAGGAGAGUUAACAGCAGACAGUCUGCGGGUGUGCAAGGAACACUCAACACAACUGCCACUGUAAGUUUCCUCUCAAAUGCUUUUAUUGUUUCAUGUUCUAUGACCUGCCGCUUUACUGCAGUUUUUUUGGUUGUAUUCGUUGCACAUGGUUUGAUUUGUAUAUGCGUCCUUCAUAAAAUAACAAAAAUACACAUUUUAUGUAAAUAUAUAUGAUGACAAUCCUCUGGCAGCCUUGCAAUUUUAUUUAUUUGGAUAUUUCUAUACAGCCCUUCACCAUAUGGUCACAGGGAGGAUGUGUCCAACAUAUUAAAACACACCAAUACUUCCCCUGCCCCUAAAUCCAGUUAAAACAUCAGUACAAAGUAAGCACAGCAUAAAAUAAAAUAAUAGCUUAAGACAGCAACAGGUGCAAUACAAACUGAGCUCCACAUACUAUUCCUCCCCACUUCCGGGCAGAAUAGCUAUAUCUUCCCACUAUUCCUAAAGGAUUGUAAUGCUGAAGUGAGAUGCACCUAUGUAGAGCAAUUGUCCCAAAGUUUCAAAGCCACCACUGAAAGGUGCUAAUACGGCUUUUACAGUCCUCUGUACAGUAGGACACAUGGCCUCCUAAGCAGACAACUUCUCCUGAACAGGAUGGGUUUUUUAAAAGGAAGCAGGACCCUUCAAAUACAAAAAUUGCAGAAUCAGAGCCCAUUUGGCUUCACAUCAUGGCUAAUUCAGCCCUUCUCAGGACAAUUCACUGAGCAUACAAACAAAAUUUAGACAAAGUUUGGCAUAACGAUACUGAAUUAACCAAAGGCCAUUACAAAGCCUUUUGUGGCUGACACGCUCUCAGCAAGCAGUUUUAGUCACGUGUCUUGGCCAUUGUAGUGUGCUUUGGUUUUCCACUGUAAAAUAAGGCCUAGUUCACAGGGAAUUGUAAAUAGGAAUUAUAAUUAAUGUUUGAGAAGUGCUUCGAAAUCUUAGAUGAAAAGUGCUAAACCUGAAUAAAAUAUGAAGCAAUUCUAUGAGCUUUUUAAAAUGCACAGCGUAUUUCCCCCCAAGAGGACAAUAAAAACUAGUUUGAUUUAGGUCCUUUUGGAAAUAGCUAUUUACACAGAAUAGUUGAUCAUCCUGGGCUAAGAAUUGUGAUAUGGAAGAUUAAAAGAAAAAAAGAACCGUCAGAUCCUAUGGGUCUGUUUCAGCUGCAGUGGCACAAACAGAGGGUGUUUUUCCCCACCCACAGUGCUGUGGCUGAAGCAGCAAUCCAAGACAUGGCAGGCAACCCAAGGGAAACCUAUUUAUUAUUUUUUAAAAAAAUAAAAUGCUACUGCCAGAGGCAACCCCAGCUAACAUAAGGCAAGAUGAAGCAGCAUUCAGAGCUGGCAGACUAUGAGUAUCAUUUAGGGCAGCACCAUCAAACAUAGACACCAACUCUGGGCUUGUCUACACUUCCACUUGUCCCGUCUGUAGAAAGCAUGGGUCUGAGUGGCUUUCUAGGCACACUUCCAAGUGGUUUUGCCUUUGCCCCACAGUUUUCCCCUGAAGAAACUUGCUCUUUAGCACUAAGUCGAAGUAAAUGUCAAUCCAGAAAAAAGACGGGUUUUCCAGGGGGGAAAGGCAGGGCAAGCAGAGGUGUGGAUUAGCCAUCUGACUCGGGAAGCACAAUCUACUGUCAUAUUCUCAUGCAAGCCACCCCACUGAAAAUAAUACAAGCAAAGCUGAGGAAAAAGUGCUUGCAUGUUUUCCUUUCACUUCAGUUAGGCCUGUGUGGGACACCUUCCCAGAGGUUUAUGGUCCUUUGGCGACAAAAAGGUCACUAAUUUAGGCCUAGUUGACAAAAUCGAGAGGUUUUACUUGUAGUAACCUGGCUACACCAAUUGAACUCAACCCAGGGAGCCUUGAAGCUCCUUGGCUAGGGAGCACUCGCCAGUGGUGACUGGUGUUAUUUUGCCGCAAAAUUCCUACCCUGCAGUGCUAAGGCUUUAAAUAGUCUUGCUCUACCAUCAAUUUGAACACUAAUUCCUUGAACUUGUCAGAGUGCUUUCUAUGGGAUGUUUUCUUGUGGGAAAUGUAGCCAUCCCAGGAAAAUAUCACCCUUGAAAGGUGGCGAGAUCCCAUUGCCUAGAACAGUUCAAUUGGCCUUGUGCAUGGAAGAGCCAGUGCUGCCAGUCUCACAGGUACCACCUUGCUGCCUUGUUUACAUUUGUCUCAGGGCAGCACAAACCUCAAGGGAGCAACAGCCGCUGUGUGCAAGGGGAAAGGCAUGGUCUGAGGUCAAGCUUGAGGGCUGCCCUAGGGUAAAAUUGAUGACUGCCUGCAGCUGAGCUAUGAUUCUACUGCUACUGCGGUAAGCCAUGCUGGCCUCAUUAAAAACAAUGGCUUGUAUCCAACAUUAGUCAUACACAAAGAAGAACCACUGAAAUUUAAAGAUGUGACUAGCUUAGGUCCUGUAAUGUGGGUGGGUCUACUGUGAGUAGAACUGUUGGGCACAAUCCAAUGGGUUUAAUUAAUCUCUACUAUGUGUUGAGUUCAGCAGUGACCAGCGAAGUGGUUCACUAGCAAAAUUGCCAGUUGCUACUGUGAAGGGUGGUGCUGUGGUCUAAACCACUGAGUCCCUUGGGCUUGCCGAUCAGAAGGUUGGCGGUUCAAAUCCUCAUGACGGGGUGAGCUCCCGUUGCUCGCUCCCUGCUCCUGCCAACACAGCAGUUCGAAAGCACGUCAAAGUGCCAGUAGAUAAAUAGGUACCACUCUGGUGGGAAGGUAAACGGCGUUUCUGUGUGCUGCUCUGGUUCGCCAGAAAUGGCUUAGUCAUGCUGUCUGCGGAUCAACGCUGGCUCCCUCGGCCAAUAAAGUGAGAUGAGUGCCGCAACCCCAGAGUCGUCCGUGACUGGACCUAACAGUCAAGGGUCCCUUUACCUUUAUCUUUACUAUGAAGCAACCAAGGACAGAAAGGAACACCAACUCACUCCUUCAUACAAGUACAAGGGUGGUGACUGGAUAGCUCCCCUGGCUCAGGCCUGUUAACAGGCUGUUAACAUCCACAGGGGCAACUAUCCAGUCAACAAGUAGGCAGCUGUAUGCUGUGCCUCUUGCCUCUAGGGCUACCUCCCAAUAUGUAAAGAAAUUACCCUCCCUCUUGAUCACCACAGAGAACGCUCUGGUAGGCCACCUCAGCAGUAACCACCAGCUGGAAUGUGACUAUUGUCUUUUCUCGGUACAAUUAAAAUUCCUGACAUGCUUCUGUAGGUGUGCUGCGAGUUAAUUAUAUUCAAACCUAAAUGCAACUGAGACAGAGUAGGGUUCUCUCACCACUGCCCCUGCCACACACACAUCAAUAAAAAUUUAAUGUUUGAGAGUUAAUUCAUAGGUAACAUGGAUUUCACUGAGGGCUCAGGUCUGUCUGAUCCAUUCACCCGUGGAAUAAAAGCAUUUAGAAGUAACAGGGAUGAUGCUGUUGUUAGCAGCCAAUAUGUUCAUUGCUGUGCAGUUUUAACAAAAUCACCUUACCCUGAAUAAGACUGAUGAGUAAUUUGGGAUGGCGCUGCACCUAAAGAGGCAUUACAUGGUUUUAUAUUUGCUUAGUCAUUUUGUCCUUCAUUUCUCAUUUAAGGACUUGCUUUAGUCUCUUGUAAAACCAGGAAGGAAAAUGUAUGAAGAGAAGCUGACACAUUCUACAAUGCUUGUGUUUUUCUAAACUGCUAGAAAAGCAGCGCUCAAACCAGGUCAUUCUGAAUAGUCAUUUAAAAUAUUACAACCUUGAUCACCAACAGCAGAGUUGGGUAACCUGUGCCUUUUCAAAUGAUGGACUGCAAUAGCCUUUUCCAGCCUAUUGCCCUCAGACACUGCUGAACUCCAGCUCCCAUUAGCCCAAGCUGGUAAUGCAAAGGGUAAGUGAUGAUAGGAUUGGAGUCCAAUAAUAUCUGAAAGCCACCAGGUUGAGAAAGGCUGAACUGCAGCUCCUCUCCCAAGUAGAUCAUGUGGUGACAAGCAGCACAUGCAUACUCCUGCCAGGCAGCAGAUCCACUACGCCUACAGAGAUCCCUGGGUUCUCAGCACCCUUAACAAACUACAUUUCCCAGGAUUCACUGGGGGAAGCCAUGACUCUUAAAGUGGUAAAAGGGUGCUUUAUAAAUGUAUGGUGUAGAUGUGACCCAAGAGUAAGAUGAAGUACAACUCACACUUCCUCUCCUCAUCACUUGUUCAGAACAGGCUGGCCCCAUCAUUAGGCAGAGUGAGAUGGCCAUCUCUAGCAGCUGUUUUGGGGUGUCAUGAAAGGGCAGCAAAUUAUUAGUUAUUUAAUUCGCCAUUUUCGUCUUUUACUCCCAGAGAAAGAUUUUCUGUCCGAGGUGCCAUCAUAGCCAGGCACACUUAAAUACCAUGCACCUUGGCUUGAGGAAGGGGAACACCAUGUGUGGCUCCACCUCAAACAGCAACAUUUCUUAGGAGCAAGCAAUGGUAUUCUCAACGACACCCUCUUGUCACCUUCAUUAAAAUUAAUAAGGCUCUAGGGGCUUAUUUUAGAGAUCACAAUGGUCACACAGAGCACAGAAUAUUUAGCUGUAGCAAAAAGAAAAGUAAAAAGUAAUAAUUUAUCAGGAGACAGACAACUGACUGGUUUUCAAGAGAAGGCUUUGCAUAUUCAGGUCUGAGAUAUUUAUUCAUGAAUUCUAGAUGAAUUGUUGUGCUACCGAAAAGCACUUUCUGUCAUUUAACAGAGCCUCCGGAAUCUUAUCACUCAUUCUUUCAAAGUCAGAAAUCCUGGUGUUUGUUUAUUUUAGUGGGGGUUUUCUUUUUCUUUUUUCAAACUUAUUUAUGUAAUAAGUUCGCCAGACAUAAAAUGAAAAGAGCACUUAACGCGAAAGGUCAGAAAUUACACCGGGAGACAGAAUUCAGUACAUAACAACAUAACGGUACCUAAGCAAUCACCGUGGCCAACUUGUUUAUAAUUAGACUUUGCAUUUAAGAAAACAAAAAUGGUUUUUUUAAUUUAGUAGUCUUUCCAUGUGAUGUUUAGUACCUCAUAAUGCCAUUUUUCAUGUUGUUUAUAAAAUCAAAUCACUAUUAUUGAGAGGGUUGGGGGGGUUUCAGUAAGCAAACUUAUUUUUUAUUCAUUGCAAGCAGCCCUUGUUGUGAGUACAAAGACGCUCAGCUUUCACUUCUUCACAGUCUUAAGGAUGAUCUCCGAUGGCUCUUUAAUUAGUGUGCUCUUUUGAUGCACAGGUUUGAGAAAUUGUAAUGGCACUAAUGUGUUUUUGUCAUAGUCUAGAACAGAGCUAGCCCAAGGCAUUUUGCUGUCUGAGGCAGGCAUAGGCAAAUUCCGCCCUCCAGAUGUUUUGGGACUACAACUCCCAUCAUCCCUGACCACUGGUCCUGUUAGCUAGGGAUGAUGGAAGUUGUAGGCCAAAAACAUCUGGAGGGCCAAGUUUGCCUAUUCCUGGUCUGAGGUGAAGGACAAUGCAACAAACCCACAUGCACACAUACUAUGAGCAGAAGUUGAACAGGCUAACAGGCAAACUUAUUUCAAAUGUGGCUGUGAACACACUAUACUUUCAAAGCACAUUUCACCCCUCAAAGAUCUCUGGUCACUGACGUUUGUUAAGUGCUGCAGAGAAUUGUAACUCUGUGAGUGUGGCUCUCUAUAGAGCAGGUUGCAUGGCACAUCAAGUUAUCCAACACCUCACUUCUGCUGUUCCCCGUCUCCCAGUAUCUGCUGCUGAAAAGUAGGGUCAUCACACAUACACGGGAUUUUCAUGGUGGUUUAUCAUAGCAGACAUUCUCACAACAGAUGCCCAAGCUUCACAAAUCAUAGUAUGAUGACCACAUGGGUAAAAAAAUUGUGUAGAACUGCCAGCUAGAUUUUUGGCAUCUUGGUAUACUAUAAACAGAGCUGUCCCAGCUAGUAGGCAGAGCGAGGAUGCAACCCAAAAUUGACACCAAUGGCAGCGCCGAAUGCAGCAGAGCAGGUAGGGGCAGGAGCAGGUAGGUGGGGGCAACAGGAAUGGCAGCAGAAGGACCAAGCAACACUCCCCGUUUUGCCUCAAGCUGUGAACUGUAAUGUGCCGCCCCUGACUAUACAAUAUUGAUUCUGCAUACUGAUGAAGUACUUAAGGUUAAGUCUCACUUCUUGUUCACGCUGCCUGCUAUGCCCUGAUUUCGGAAUUCUGCAGAUCAAUGAAACUGUGAUGUGCCAAGUUACAGCAGAUAAGCUAGAUGUUUAACAUCACACCAAAGUUAGUCCCCCCUUCUUCCAAUUUCCUUCUGUCGCUGCAGUUGUUUACAUUAGAAAUAUUUUGCUGAAAUUGGAUUUUUAUGAGAAAUCUUACUGUGCUACUAAUCUUUCAUUGCUAUCAGAUUGGUUUCAUGGACAUUUCAUGGGCAUCCAGUGAGUCACACUCUUUACUAGACAGCCGGCCAUCUCCAUAUCAUUGCUGGGUUUGAUUUAAGGUAUAGUUCCAUGCAGAACAUAUUGCAGAAGUCAAAUGGUAAGGUGAUAAAAAGUAUGAAUGAUGACAGCAAUCCUGCAUCCUAAAGUACGAUCUGCAGUCUCUGUGCCAGGAAAAGAAACACCUUGUCGGACACAAAUGAAAUGCGCUUCCUCGUAUCUCAAGUGACUAAGGAGGCCCAGAAGCCCAGCUUCCUGAGACUGUCCAGAAGUCGCAAACCUAUGAUAUUUUCUUCCAUAAACCCUAUAAUUUCAAAAAUAAUAUUGUCAAGGCUGCCUCAAGUCUUAGCUCACAAAAGACCAACGCCUCUGUCUUCUUAUAUACAAAAGUGUUUAUUGCAGUUCAUGGUUUGCUUGACAUCCUAGGCGCGCAGCCUUACGUCUUUUACGCUAGACCGCCGAAGUCCCCUUCUGAGUCAGUUCCUCCCCUGCACCAAUUUAAGAGACUUGCGCUGCUCCACCUCUUUCUCUCCUUCCUUUUCCGCAGGGUCCUUCUGCCCACUGGGGUUUCGCCCCUCCUGGAUUCCUCUGAUGCGGAAUCCCCAGACUGCUCUCCCCCCCUCCUGCGGGCUUUGGGACCUGGCCCCUCCUCCGGGCUCCCUGCACUUCCGCGCGCCUCUACAUUUGAACUAGGCGCGCGCGCCAAACCUCUAACUUUCCUUUUGACAGUUACACUACUCCCUUCACUGCUCCCCUCCCCUUCCGGGAGGGCGGCUUGCUCUGACCCCCCUCCUUUCUCUGCUGCUGGAGCUGCUUCCUCUGACACACUGGAAACUCCACCCCCUUCACUGCACUUUGGUGGGGAGGCUGGUCCUGACGCCCAGCUGCCACUUUGGGAUCUUCCGCUAGCACCCUGCUCCUGACACUUCCCCCCUGGGGCUCCCCUGGCCUUGACCACCGGCGCCCCCUUCUGGGAAUCCUCUGAUUCGCUGGAAAGACUCAUGGAAUCUCUUGAGUCAUUGUCAUCCUCUUCCUCGCUGGCUUGGAAUUCCUCCCCCUCGCUCUCCAUCUCCUGCCUACCCUGUGCCUCUCUCCCUGAACCCCUGACAAAUAUGAACUCGCAACUGAAAAAGUUACCACACCUACACUAAAGAGUGAAACUUCCUUUCUUUUUUCUCUUCUUUUGUGCCAAUGACAUAAUAUUGUAAUUAGGCCCUGCUCCAAUUCCAUACCCAGUUGAACUUUUGUAAGAUUAUGAACACAAAACAAGUCUAGAUUUCAAAGCCACUUUUUAGCCACAAACAUAUUGGCACAGUUUGCCACACAAAAUGCUAUGCCAAACCAUGACUUAGAAGAAAUGAGUAGGCUCCUGAAGAGGAGGCUGUGGGUGUUUUGCUCCGUCCCUAUCAUUCUGCUGCUAUGGCGAGCUAAUCCAUCCACAUGGUGUGAGGAUAAAUAAGGUAAACAAUGGAAUGGUGCUGUCCAACUGGAAAAAGAAAGGAGUGAGAAACCUGAGUGGCUUGGGUUCAAUUCCUGCUCACAAGACAAAAAGCUCAGUUGGGAACUCUGUCCCAGCUAUGUCUCUGUCCUAACAACUGACACACAGUUCCUUUGUGGUUUUCUUACACCAUUCUAGUUCAACAUUGGGCAAACAAGGCAGUCAUUUCAUAACAGGAACUAGUCAGAACCCUUGUUCAGUCUGACAAUCAACAGUUGUAUCAAUUAUCCCUGUCAUUUAUUCAUCUCCAGCUAUGAAUGAUUAAAGACAGAACAAUAUUCCAGAGCCAAAAUAAUGCAUGACUGAAACUGUGAAUAUAAAUAAGUAAAACCUAUUCAUCUCUUCAUGAACACAAAUCUCUCAGAGAGGACUACAAAUUAAAAGGAUGUCCUUGAAUGUCAAAAUGUGUGUGCUUAUUUCAGAGUUAAAUAAAAGAACAAGAGCGCAUAUAAUUAACUUGGUUCUUGGGGCAUCAUUUCACUUUUUAACUUACACUGCUGUAAUCCCAGUAGAGCUGGUGGGGCUCUCCCAUCUGCUUCAGUGGUCAGUGAGUGCCAUACUAAGUCACUAUUCAAACAUUUAAUUAAAUUCAUUUUACAGGCAUAGGCAAACUCGGCCCUCUAAAUGUUUUUGGCCUACAACUCCCAUGAUCCCUAGCUAACAGGACCAAUGGUCAGGGAUCAUGGGAGUUGUAGGCCAAAAACAUCUGGAGGGCCAAGUUUGCCUAUGCCUGAUUUAGCAUUUCCUAUUUUGAGGGUAUCUGAGGUGGAAUAAAAACAAGACACUUCCAAGUACCAUCUGCACCUACUUUACUCUUGCACCAAUCAUAAUAACAGAUGAAGCUGCCUUAUAGCAACUCAGACCAUUAGUUCAUCUGGCUCAGUACUGUUAACACUGACUGACAGCAGCUCUCCAGUUCUGAGAGAUGAGCCUUUCCUAGCCUUCAUGGCUGUGUGGGGGUUUGAACCCUCGUCUCCCAGGUCCUAAUUCAACACACUAACCACUACACCACACUGACUCUCUCUAAACAUUUCUGCAAGCAAUUUCUGUAGUAUUAUGCAACUUUUGAAGGAUCAUUGUGUUUCGGUUCACGUAUUGGUUCAAGGAGUGUGAAUUAGUUAGUUCCGCAUUAAAAUGCAAGCAAAAUUGAAUUUCUCCCCAUCCCUAGAUUGAACCUGAGACUUUCUGCAUGCAAAGCACACACUCAACCAGUUCUUCCCCUAGGAUGGCACAGGGAAAUUGGGAAGAGGCAGCCAAGGAGCUAGACACAGUUAAAACCUUUUCCCAAGCCAGAGUUAUUGCAGCAGACAAUUGCGCCUAGCCUUCAAUUCACACCAUCUCAGUUCCUGAACAGGGAGUUGUAAUAAAAGGCAUUUUCCUCUUUUCUGGGCAAGAAAAGUCACAGCUAUUGCAUUUAUUGUGCUUUCACAAGGGGCAAAUGAAAGCUUUCCAUCACAGUGAUUCAAUUUCAGAACAAACACUUUCUAUUCUUUGACAGUAUUUCUUAACCCUUUCUUGGGUUUUCAGAUCUAAGGAGAGAUCAAUAAAGGUAAGCAACAAGUCAUCUGUCACAUAUAAAUACAGAGACAGAACACAAACAAAACAAGAGCUCUGUUGUACUCAAGUCCUUCCUGAAGGCUUCCCAUAGAGAGCAGGGUGUUGGGCUCAUAUACCUGUAAGCUAUAGCAGAUCACAGAAAUGUUUACAUGUGUGUAAGCAUAAAAGCUGUAGUACACAGUAAAAUCACAGUAUGAAAUGGGCAUCACUUUUAAUGUAUUUUUAAUCUUUUGUUGGAAGCCACCCAGAGUGGCUAGGGAAACCCAGCCAGAUGGGCGGGGUAUAAAUAAUAAAUUCAUUAUUAUUAUUAUUAUUAUUAUUAUUAUUAUUAUUAUUCCCCUAUGCAAGUAUUAGUGGCACAACAUGGAAGUAUCCCCAUAGGUCUCAAUAUUUCUCCACCACCAAUAUGGCAGGUGCAUGUGAAAGGAAUGUACUAGGAGACUGGCUAGGUCUAUACACAGCCCCCUCUACUUUAUUAAGACCUCCACCUUAGUGGUGUUCAAGCCAUUCAAGAACCUGGUGAAAGACAUGCAAAGCCCUCUCAUUCCCCAUAAUGGCAUGGUGUGCAGCUUGCUUGCUGUAGUACAGAGGUACCUCGGGUUACAGACGCUUCAGGUUACAGACUCCGCUAACCCAGAAAUAGUACCUCAGGUUCAGAACUUUGCUUCAGGAUGAGAACAGAAAUCGCGCAGCAGCAGCGGGAGGCCCCGAUAGCUAAAAUGGUACCUCAGGUUAAGAACAGUUUCAGCUUAAGAACAGACCUCUGGAACGAAUUAAGUUCUUAACCCGAGGUACCACUGUAGAGGGAAAGAUGAGAACUGUUGAGUCCGGUAGGGAUGCCUUUGCUUACAAGCCCUGUACCUUUAUGCGGGUAAAGAUUAAGCUCAAAGCAGUAGCGGACAGCAUGUUUGAGCACCACCACUCCCCUGACCUCUAGUCAACUGCAUCACUGCUACUUACCAGGAGCUAGAGAAGGAUAGUGUGAGCAGCAGCAAGGUCAGCAUGGUGCAAACACACUGGAGAAGCCAAUCUGGUGCAGUUGCACCAUGCCAACCACACUGCUACCUCCCCUCUCUUUACCUCUCAGUAAGCCGCAGAGAGAUGACUGAUCCGAGGGUCAAGUGAAUGGCAACAUCCUACCAUGUCGUCUGCUGCUAGUUCAAUGUGUUUCUUUUUAACUUCCUCUCAAAUACACACAUAGGUAUGUGUCCUUCAGACUCAUUGUUUAACAGCUAAAGUCUAGCUUGGUGUACUGUAACUGGUAUGAGGCCCAAUCAUAGGCUCCAGAUCCUAGGGGCCGAGGCACUGUCUCCCUCCCCCCAUGUUUUUUCAGGGGGGGUGGGCCUUCUCAAUGUUCACAGGGCAUUCAGCUCCAGUCCCUGGCUCCUCCCAAUAUCAUGCGUGUCUGACGUCAGGGCAUCAUGUCAGGCCCUCUCAAUCAUCUUGAGAAGAUGGCACCUCUGGCCCCAAUCUGCUAAGGUUGCUGGGCUUUCACCUAGAAAUGCUGUUUUCCUAUUAAUGCAGCCAAAUCACAUAAAUGCUAAAUUAGGAUAAAUAAAGCAUUGCAUUUAAAAAAAAAUGUAAUAUAAAAGCAAAUGGACUUCUAUAAAGACGAGACAGGAAGAAUUAACCUUAUAGAACUCGGUAAUUUGCUAUUUGAAUACAUUGUUUCAGUCCAAAGAUGAAAUACACUCACAUUUGGGGGUGGAAAGGAGAGCGCUGUUUUUAUUCAGAACCAAAGAAAGCAGUUUUAUACUGAGUCGGGCCAUUGGUCAACUGAGUUUCAAUCCUGUUCCAGGUCAGCAGUAUGUGCAGAGGGUGGAGAACAGUAGCCCAAGAGCAUCAUCCUGGAGCAAUUUGGUUCCAAAAUUGUGAGUAACGUGCACUGAAUAGCUGGAUCGGGCUACUGAAUUGCAGGGCACAGGAUCCACAGGUGCAGGGACAGAUCUGAUGUAAAGAGAUGUUGUGCUAACAGACUACAAGUACAGCCUUAAAUUCUCAAAUCACAGUUCACAAGCUGAUGGGAGAAGGGAGCUUUAAAAAGGAAAUGCUCUCUCUUAGAGCCUUGUGCUGUCAAGCCACUGAGUGGCCUUGAGCUGUCUCCUUCACUGGUCUUUGGUGAGGUAAGAAGAAGUUCAGAAUGACCACUAGAAGGCUCUGAAAUUAUGGGAUCAAAUUAUGAGAUCCAGCUACAUGUUCUCUUAUCUCAAGAAAAUCCAUACAUUGUUUUCUCUCAGACUAAGUUUCAGGGAGAUUAAUAAAUGGUGGGGCCUCAAGGCUUCCUCUACCUUGAGAUCACUGUAAGCUGGAUCUCACCCCAGAUCAAAAACCAAAUACAUCUACAAUAAAAUACCUGCAUUUCCAAGGCUGAUACGAAAUUACAUAAAAUCUCCAUAGAGACAGAUGUAAUCCAUUGCAUUCAAAAUGGUGCUGUCAAGGCUGCCUCAGGUCUCAGCUCACAAAAGACCAACGCCAAUCUCUUCUUAUAUACAAAAGUGUUUAUUGCAGUUCAUUGUUUGCUUCAUAUCCGAGGCGCGCAGCCCCACGUCUGUACGCUUAGACCGUUGAAGUCCCCUCUGAGUCAGUCCCUCCCCUGCACCAGUUUAAGAGCCUUGCGCUGCUCCACCUCUUUCUCUCUUUCCUUUUCCUCAGGGUCUUCCUGCCCGCUGGGGUUUCGCCCCUCCUGGAUUCCCCUGACGCGCUAUCCCCCGACUGCUCUUCCCCCCUCCUGCGGGCUUUAGGACCUGGCUCUUCCUCCGGGCUCCCUGUACUUCCGCGCGCCUCUACAUUUGAACUUGGUGCGCGCGCCCAACCUCUAACUUUCCUUUUGACAGUUACACUACUCCCUUCACUACUCCCCUCCCCUUCCGGGAGGGUGGCUUGCUCCGACCUCCCUCCCUUCUCUGCGGCCGGCGCUGCGUCACCAGAUACACAGGAACCACCACCCCCAUAGCUGCACGCUGGCGGGGAGGCUGGUCCAGACGCCCAGCUGCCACUUUGGGAUCCCCGCUGGCCCCCUGUUCCUGACACGUCCCCCUGGGGCUCCCUGGCCUUGACCACUGGCGCCCCUUCUGGGAAUCCUCUGAUUCGCUGGAAAGACUCAUGGAAUCUCUUGAGUCAUUGUCAUCCUCUUCCUCGCUGUCCUGGGAUUCAUCCCCAUCGCUCUCCAUCUCCUCCCUACCCUGUGCCUCUGUCCCUGAACCCCUGACAGGUGCUUUCUGUAGUUCACCAUCACAGAACUUGUGGGAACAAAGGUAUAUAACUUCUUAUUGAGGAAAAUGCUAUAAAUGACAUAAAAACAGAAUCUGUGAUAUUUAUAACUUCACAUUUUCAAAAAGUUUAUUAUGAUGACAUUUAUAUCCAACCAUUCCUUCAAGAAGUUCAAGGUGGCUUAGAUGGUUCUCCCUAUCUACAUUUUCUCACAACAGCCCUGAGAGGUAAGUUAGGCUGAGAGACCGUGAGUGGCCCAAAGUCAUCCAGUGAACUUAAUAGCUCAGUUAGCAUUUGAAGUCUGGUCUUCCUAGGUACUAGUCCAAGAAGACAAUUGACUGAAUAAUCUACCUUUUAAAUAAAUAAUAAUAUAAGCUAGCUAGUAACAGAAAAAAGCGUUAUCAAUUUUAAAUUAACUGCAGCCCAUGGUAUUUUGUUAAAUAUAUUGGUAGAUGAUGGAGUAGUUUAAUACCACAUACAUGUGACAUUAAUAUGAAUGCCAAUGUAAUGUCCUCCAAUUUCUGCUAUUCUAAUGGUUUUAUUUAUUAAUUUUUAAAAAUACUCCUGUCCUGCUUUUUUCAUUAAGUGAACUCAAGAAGGCUUGAGUUACAAAACAUGACCUUACAGUAACUUAAAACUCAGCAGCUUAAAACAGCAUAAAACAAACUGUACAAGGAACAGGAUUAUUAUUAUUUUAAAAAAUAUAUAUUACCACGUUAAUUAAAUUGCACCUAGAAAAACAGCGCAAGCUUGUGUUAAGCCUACAGUGUUGGCCCUAGUAGCCUUAGUUUCUAAAUUCUUAUUUCAUAAGCGUUUCCUUCCUGACAGACUUCAGGAAUACAUAACAUGGCUUAACCCUGUCAGCUCUUGAAAAAGAAAAAGAAAACCAUACAGUAUUUCUAUAAUCAUAUUUUCUACACAUGCCAACACAGAGAGCACAGUUGCCCUAAAUGUCUCACAUGUGUAGAAACCACUUAUAAUAGGUUGUAAAGUAAUGCAGCAAGUAUUUCAGAACCUCUGCCCUUUCCCAAAAGUAUCGGAAAACAUGUUAGAUAAUGUUAGGCUGAGUAGACAACACAUUGCCUCCCUCCAUCCAACUCUCUCUCACUCUUGCAUGCUCUGUUUGCUUCUCAUAGUGGUGCAGUCGCUUUCCAAAUAAAGGAGCUGUUUCCAUGACACUAAACCCUUAAUUUGUAGCAGCAUAUAAACAGGCUGGUAGAAGAACAAUGUGCCUCUGCAUUGUUAAUCCACCUCCUCUUCCUUACAUUGAGCUUUGGGCAGACAGAGAAAACCUUCACAAAAAUCAAAUGUGAAAAAUUGUUCCUCGUAACUAGAAAGCGUCACCAUCUUGACUUUUGUGUCCUUAUUACAUCUCUGGACAUGUUUAAUAUGUCUUAGCUACAGGAAACAGGAUCAUUGCAAAUAAUUAAACCAGCUUCUGUAUAUGCUUUUAAAACAACAUUUUUUCAGUCAAAUUAGUCCCUCUGGUUUAAGCGAUUUGUUCUUUAUUAGACAUAAGCUCGUUUCAUUCUCUACUCUGCUCUUUCUUUGUAAUCUCUUCUGAAGGUGCCAGUUUUUUUAAUUUCUAGCACACAGAGAGAGAAUACAAAACAAUAAGUCCUAAGACAUAAUUGUUUAGGUUUCCCUCCCUUCCCUGUCCUGCCCUGCCCUACCAAAAAAGUAAUUAAAAGUCCGUCUCUGGCUGGCAGCUGCAGUUAUGGUUUCAUCUGAAAGGUCUGGUGGCUAUCAAGCAAAUGGCCUUACUAAUUCUUAUGUGGAUCACACAUAAACCCAUCCUGUCAAAGCGAUCGUGUUAUUUUUAAAUCCCAUUUUCCUUUAAGUAAAGCUAAUCGCAAUAUAAUUAUUUUUAGCAAAAGAUAUGCUCCAUAUUUUCUUUUAAGAUAGUGCUAUAAAUUAAGAUUAAGAAGCGACGAAAGAGAAAGCCGAGGAUAGGGACUGGAUCGCCUGCACACGCCGGCUGCUUGCUCUCAAAUAGCUACAGAGACAAAUGAAUACGGCUCUCAGAGGCAUCACGCAGCAGCAGUCAAAUAUUAUUCAUGUCCUUAGCUUCAUUAGCAAGCCCAAGACGCCUCCACUACAGACGCCCACACAUCCACCCAGUAAACUGCUAGAGAGGAGUGGGGAGGGGGAGAAUUAUUUCCAGACUACAUUGCCCUAAAUUGUUUGGCGCAACAGAGAUGCUUGAACACAGGCUGUACAAGCUCUGGAGCCUUCCUGUUCACGUCCCUGAAAAUAACAUUAGAUAUAUAUAGUCAAUCUAUUCUGAGCAUCGCAGAUUAUGAUUCACAGAGGGAUUAAAUUUCAUACCAUGUACAGGGCAUUUAGAAAAUGAAAGUGGCCUUUUUUCCCUCCUCAGUGUUACUGUGUGUUAGCUGCUUAACAGGUAACUAAUUUAUGAGAGGGUAUGAAUUCUUGAAGGCACAGAGGGGUGACAUAACUGUUGGAAACCACCCUGUGUGAACGUAAAGGGCAAGCUUACAGAGAGUUUAUCUGGGUCUUGAGGGCAGUUAUUCAGCAUUUACGUGUAUAAGCCAAAUAGAAUUGGUACAUAGCCUGAAAAAAAUGUGUUGGUCCACACAGAAGGUACAUGAUUUUUUAAAAGUGUGUGUGCACAGGUAUAAAAGCGCACACACACUGAUGAUUUGUGCAUUAUGGCAACUGGGUCGCAGUACUCCCCCACCCCCAAAAAAUCUCAAAUCUCAAUUUUUUUAUUUGUUUUGAAGAAAGUUCUGCAAGUAAAGUUGUAAUUAAACUUAUGGGCCUUGACAAUGUUUCGUUUCCAAAAAUGGGUCAGUCCACAUGUAUCCAGUCACAUAAAACACUGCAAUAUUAAUAUGUGAAAUAGCAGCAUGUUCUGAGAACCAGGCAGAAAGCCCUGUAGAUUCUUAGGGCAACUUCAGACAACCAUUUACCAGAGACUGACUGACAUAGUACCGAGCAGGCAGCUACAUGGGAAGCCAGCAUCCACUCACACGUGUAGGAGAAUUGCAGCUGCUUAUUUAGAUUUAGAUUUCUGAUCACAUGUAGAAACUGUAGGCAGUUGGCACAAAUGACUGGCUUUUCCAUGUGUUUGUUACUUCAUCACCAAUACAUUACCAUCUGAUAGUGACUACAUUAAAAGCCUAUUUAUCCCAAUGCUCAUUUUUAAUUUUCCAUAUCCUAAGGCUGAUGACAUAAAAUUGUGAUGCCAAAAAACAAACAAAAAACCCCUACCUCAGUAGCAAUUUACUGACCCCACAACUAACUGGCUGGAGAUGUUUUACAUGUAAUGGGAUACUCUCCCGUUGGAGGUGGGGGGAAGAUGGCUCAUGACCCCUGAACAACUUAGGCCCAGAUACUGAGAUCAUCUGCAGGAGUGUCAUUGGUUAUAUUCCAAGUUGGACCAGCUUGGAGUGACUGUUACCUAUGAUGGAAAAAAACUUUAAAGCUUGAAAGGCAGUUCUCUGACCAUCUCAUAAAAGUAUUUGAGUGUAUAUACUGUUUAAAAAAGGUCCCCACCGGUGAAAUUGCUCCAGACUGUUCUAUCCCUCCCUCCCUCAUAGCUGAGCACUUUUCAGGCAGGCAAGAGGCCCAGUGCGCACUGCAUUUGAAGAGAUAGUUGAUGUGAGAGAGCUUCCAUGGGGCACAUUAGCUGUUUCCUGGAAUGUGACUAAUCCAGCAGGUUGCCAUGGCAAUCUUGGGGCAAUCACAGUUUCCCUUUCUGUCUGGGGUAUCAAAAUGAAUCUCAAAGCCAGUGUGGUGCAGCUGUUACCAUGUUAGACUGAGACCGGGGAGACCCAAAUUCAAAUCUCCAUUCAGCCAUGAAGCUCAAUGGGUGACCUUGGGCCAGUCACUGUUUCUCAGCCUAACCUGCCUCACAAGCUUGUUGUCCCAAUGCAAGGAAGGUAGGAAAACCAUUUAUGCCCCCUUGAGCUCCUUGGAGGAAAUACAAAAUAUAAAUGGAACAACUAAAUAAUGAAAAAGAGAAGCUAUAGGCAGGGAUGCUGUUACUAGGGUAAAUGAAAUGCAUUCUAGGCACAAGAAUCUGUGUUUUAUUUAGUUAAAGAAUUCUGAGCAGUACAGUGGUACCUCAGUUUAAGUACUUAAUUCGCUCCGGAGGUCCGUUCUUAACCUGAAACUGUUCUUAACCUGAGGUACCACUUUAGCUAAUGGGGCCUCCUGCUGCUGCCGCGCUGCUGGAGCAUGAUUUCUGUUCUCAUCCUGAAGCAAAGUACUUAACCCGAGAUAAUAUUUCUGGGUUAGCGGAGUCUGUAACCUGAAGCGUAUGUAACCUGAGGUACCACUGUACAAAAAAGCCCUCAGCCUGAGAUACUGAAGAGCAUACCAAUCACAGUAGAGUAGACCCUGCAGGGUUGUUUAUAGAAGGGCCUGCAUAGGCCCAAGUCCUAUAGCAUGACCUAUAUCUACCAGGAGCAGCAUAAAUCGCUAGGGAUGGAGGAAAAAUUCUAUUCCAUUCUCAUUUACAGGUGAACUUCUCACUUCCUAAAACGACAAGAACUGGAAUGCAGCCAUCCUUUGAAAUUCACACUUCUCUGAAUUUUGCAGUGCAGUCCCCAAGUCAGGAAUUGGUACAAAAAUGCAUAUACUAGAGUAGUGUAGGCAUGCAUGGCAAACACCACAUAGAAAAAAAUUGCAUUGUAUUUAGGGGCAAUGCUCUGAAAAAAAAUGUAAAUAUUUGGCAAAACUGCAAACAAAAAUGCUGAUGAAUUUGCAUUAAAACUUUUUAUAACAAAAAAAAAUCACAGACUGAUAUAUGGAAAUGUGGAGAACUGAACUUAAGGUUGGAAAUGUGAGAAACUGAGAGAAACCAAAAUUGACCUAUUUGCCUAUCCCUAUAAAUAAGAGUGAGGGGCACAUCUCUUAAGAAGGGUAGGAAGUGGGGGUGUUGGAUAUCCAGCGAACAGGUUGCAGAAAGAAAACAGUAGUAGGGUCAUUAAAUGUCUUCCUCUUGAUCACCUUACUACUUACCACACCUGCCUCUCAAUGACAACAGCCCAUGUAUGUGUCAAUGUUGAGUGAUAACUGAGAGGAUGGUGUCAAAGAAAGUGAGUUAACUUAGUCAGUGUCCUCAUCUUGGCUUCCUUUCUUGCUCAUGCAUGGAACCCCUGAGUCCCAUUUUCUGCAAACAAAGUGCAGUGUAACAUGCCAAGUCAGCUACACUGGAACAAGUGUCUUUCUCCAUUCUCGACCUACAGUUCAAACAGCGGUUGCUCAGUUUUUCAAUGACAACACACAUGUAUUGACUUUUGUUUAUAGAGACUGUGGUCUUUUGCCCAAGGUUGUGGAUUACUUCUCUGGAAAGCAGCUGUGACAAAGAAAGCCAGACACAGUAUUAAAAGGAGUGGGAAUUGGACUGUGGCGGAUGCUAGAUUAAGAAUAAUCACUGUCAAUUAUCCUCAAAAUGAGAUAAUCAAUUUCCUGCACACAAGGGAGAAACAAGUGAAAAGAGAUCAAAAUGGGAAGAGUUCCCUCCUGUGUGAAAAAUGCUUCGGCAGCAAAGUUUGCAGUGGCAAGAAGACGGGCACCAUGAGGGCCUCAUGCCAAAGAACAGCUUCUGAUUUUAGUGGCUGAAGCCACAUACUCUGUAUUUGCACAUUGAAUCAAUGCCUGACAGUGUUAGAAACUGAGAUAUGAAAGCUAGGAGCUAAAAGGCACCUUAAACCCAGGUUAUGGGUGCAACAUCGGAAUGUCUAGGUGCACUUUUUUAUAACAAGAAUACAAAGCUGAAAAUGAAUGAACUGCUGCCAAAAUAUUAUGUUCAUUUUUCACUUGGUCUAGUCCUUUCCUGCCCACCCCCCUAAUAUUCUUAAGAGGGUCCCUUCUCCAGUCUUCAGAGAGUAGCUGGAAGUGGGGAGGCAUAAAAGGGUCCUCUUUUCCUUCCACUCUGCAGUUUUAAUCUGAAAUCUUCGGUGCAGUACUGCACUCAGAGCUCAGAAACUGCUCACGCUAAUAAAUUCCCUGUCGCAAAAUGGGCCUAGAACAAUGGGAGUCUCAAACACUGGUGCCUGAAAUGCAGACUUCACUUUCCCAUGGGUUUCAAUUCAUUCAAACUUCCUGUAUUGGGCAUAUUAUUAUAAUUCAAAGCCACUCAUUAAAAUAAUGAUGAUGAAUGAUAUCCAACUAAUUCAUACAGUACACGUAAGUCAAACACUGCAUAUCACCUCAUAAUAACAACGAUGAUGAUGAUAGCUUUUCUCUUAGUGACAUACUUUUAACUUCAAAGAAAUGUUUUGUGAUAUUUAUUAAUAGCCAUUAUCAUCAUGAUUAAUAAAUAUAUUAGCAACCUUUCCAUAAAACACCACACUCAAAGCAACUUACAGAGAUACAAAAAAAGAGCAAUAUUCUUUAAAACCAAGAGUGUAUAUGUGUGAAUAAAACUCAGCAAGACAUGCUGGAAUGUUAAUCAAAAAGCCACACUUCCAUCACACAGGUAGGUAAAAGGUAAAAGACCCCUGAAUGGUUAAGUCCAGUCAAAGGCAACUAUGAGGUUGCGGCACUCAUCUCACUUUCAGGCUGAGGGAGGUGGUGUUUGUCCACAGACAGCUUUCGGGGUCAUGUGGCCAGCAUGACUAAACCGCUUCUGGUGCAACGGGACACCAUGACAGAAACCAGAGCGCACAGAAACACCGUUUACCUUCCCACUUCAGCAGUACCUAUUUAUCUACUUGCACUGGUGUGCUUUGAACUGCUAGGUUGGCAGGAGCUGGGACAGAGCAAGCCACGAGGCUCAGUGGUUUAGAAGAAGAAGAAGAAGAGUUUGGAUUUGAUAUCCAUAGCACCGCACGCAUUGCUUCACACAACAGGUAUUGCAGUGUGAAAGGAACAUUAGAACAUGAGACAGAAGUGCUAGCAUUAUAAUCUGGAAAACUAAUGUCAUAUUCCCCGUAUCUUAAUGUACCCCAAGUCUCUUCACAGCCUGAGAUCUGUCUGCCUCAGAAAUCUGUUUUGUCUGGAUGAUUUAUUGCAUGAUUGUUCCAGGUUUUUUGGAAACAGAUGUAACAUCUCAAGUGUACAAAAUGCUUUACAAUCUGAGAUCCACCAUUUAAAGCAGAUGGUUUUCAGUAAGUUGAAGAAAUCCAGUGAUGUUGUCCUAAGCUUCCUAAGAAAACUCCAAGAUGAGCAGGAAUUUGCCCCCAGAAGUCCAAGAUCCAAAGCCCAAACUUCUAGUGACAAGGCUUCACUGGCUUUUACAUAUGACACAAAAAGUUAUAUGUAAUACAAAUUAUUUCAAUACAGUUAUUUUGCAUAGCACUGUUCAGAGAUGCUGAGAACUUCUAUUUCGGUUUAACUAACCUCAUGGGAAUAAAAUUGAAUAACCCUCUACGUACAGGAGCUGAUUAAGGAAAAAGCUGGGCAUAGAUAUUACAUAUGUAAAGAAAUAAAUAUCAGAUGUGGCCUUUGACUGUUCAGUCUAAAAAUAAAGCCUUCCUUAUCAAUCUUUUUUUCUUUAAUUUUGGAAACAAAAAUCUGUGACCCUUUCUACUUUUCCUUCUAUGGAGGGGGGAGCAGGAAUAAGAUAAAUGUCAACUGAAUUUGUAAAGAGUGAUGGUAUUUCAUUUAUAUCAUUCAUCCUGGUGGACCUUUUCUGUUGCUACAGACUGAUGGCUCCAUUAACUCCAAAAAAUUCCCCAGGAACAGUUUCCUCCACAGCAGUAACACAUCUGGUAGAGAGAAGGCAAUGGGAAAUUGUUUUUUCUCCCCAAGCUCUGUGUCACUGGCACCUGUCUUUCCCUUACAAUAUUGUUUCUGUAGUGCCCUCCCUACCAUGACAAGUCACUAACAACUGUGGCUGGUAGGAGGGAAGGAAGAUGAACAAAGAACCAAUGACUGAAAAACAAUGGAGGUUUUUAGUUUAGGAAAAAGACAAGUAAGGAGAAGACAUGAUAGAGAAGUAUAAAAUCAUGCUGUAAUUUUAUAGAUAUAUUUAAAAUUAAUGUUUUAAGCUAUAAAAUGUUAAAUAAUUUAAAAUAAGAACUCAAUAGGUACACUUUCGGAUAUUUCACGAAAAUGUUUUCUUCUCAGUCAGCUGUACUUGAAAGUUAACAGAAGAGAAUAACUAUACCCUUUGCUGCUGGGUCUGCAGUAAAGUAUCAGUUGUUUGCUUUCUGCAUUCCAAUAUACUGUUAACCAUUUCUGGAUUCAGGAGUACCAGUAUCAGAAUUACCAGUACCAGAAUAUAUGGUUAUUAACAUUGAAGAGACAAUGGAGUGUGCCUCCGAGGGUCAAAUUAAACUGCUGCAUCAGCAGCACCAAAGUGACCCCUCCAGGGCGCAAGCUUGGGCAGUGUGUAUGGAGGUUCUGAGAUACCCAAGCGGCAAGAUGUCCCCUCUCGGCUUUGCUAAUGUGGUCCAAAGGAAAGCAGAGCAAUACAUUUGGCACAAGCUUGGCUGCAGGAGUUGCCAGAAGUAGGUAUACAAUGUGCCAUCUUACAAACUUCAGUCCAGAUUUGUGUAAGAUUUAUUCCUUAGCUAUUUCUUCCCUUGAAGAUAUCCCACAAGGCAGCAGAGGUUUAGAAUCAGUUUUCCUUCUCCUAGAUGGGUUACCUCCCCUGGUUAACCCCAUGUGCCCCUCACUUCCCUCUACAACACAUGCAGAAACCACCUUCUUGACCAUUGGACCCACCAUUGAUCCCGUCAGCUCAGUCUGCCAGAGCCUGUCUUCACAUGCAAGGGAAACCCGUAACUCACUGAGGGUUGGAAACUUUUUGGAUAGCCUCACUAGGUUUAGCCAGCCAAUUCAAGUUGUUCCCAGGGUGUGGCUGCUGUUGCAUACAGACAACUUCUAGGAGCCACGGGUGAGAGCUGAGUGCAAGGUUGGGACCGAAGUUGGACAGACUACCCCAGAAGGAGCACAACGUGCCCCCCACCAGAUGUACUACCCCUCCACAUACACCCUAUUACACUGAAUAUAUCUUUAUAAUUAUCAUUCAAAAUCAGUAUGCAGUUUUGGGACUGCUUUUGAAUGGUUAGUAUUAAUUCUUCCCUUGGGUAGGCAAGGGCAUCAGUUUUGCUGCCAAUAUAUUUGGUAAAGAAAUAAUGCCUGUUUUGACAAAGUGCAGCUUCCUGUUCACAUCAUGCCUCACAUAUUAUAUACAUUUUAAAACAAGUUUCCAGUGCUCAUGGUAAGUUUAAAACACCUUAAAUUAAAACAAAUCUAAUUACUUUUUUUAAUGUACAAACUUUCUUUACCCCAUCCAUCAUUAAUUUGAAGGUGCCUAGAUCUGUCUACCCUGAAAACCCAUAAUAUAAAGCAGAAGAUUUUCUUAGCGGUAAUGCCAAAGAUUCGUAUAUGUACAAAUCAUGUGCACAGAACUCAAUCAGCAGCAUAAGGAGGAUGCUGAACAUCCACCCACCCCACCAUCUGCUUUUCUAGCAAAACUAUUUCUCAAUACCCUGACAUUUUUUGGAGUACUGAUGCAAUUUUUUCACAUUCAGGGAUGAAGCCCGAAUCAGUAUAAAUAUCAUUUACGACCCACAAAUAUAAGCCACAAGCCACGUAUGGCAGUUUACCAGUGGCUCAAUGACCCCUGUGUUUUUGCAGCCUGCUAAAAGGAUCAGGGUUAUGAAGCAGCCAGCAAGCCACAACUGAAGGCAGAUGGGUUGCGUUCAGUGGUGGGUCACAAUUUGUGCAGGCCCAAACCAUAAUGGAAUGUAAAUUACUCACUGUGUGCAAAUGAAAUAAAGAGUCUGUGAUAUAUAAAGCAAAUGAAAUUUAAAGUGUGUGACUGUUGAGGAAAAAAAGACAUGGGACUCCAGAGCUUCUCCAUAUUCUCUGCUAAAAGACUAGCUCCCACCAGGCUGCUCCCUCAACACUCACCAGCAGCCAAUCCAGCAGGCUAUAUUAUUAUUAAUUAAUUACAUUUAUAUCCUGCCUUUCCUCCAAGGUCCUCAAAGUAGAAUGCAUGGUUCACCCAUUUCCCUGUUUUAUCCUCACUACAAUCCUGUCAGAUAGGUCAGGCUGAGAGAUGGUAUCCUGGCUGAGUGGGGAUUUGAAGCCUGGUCUCCCAGGUCUUAAUCCAACACCCUAACCACUAUGCCACAAAUAGGAGUAGUGUCUAACCAUAUGCAUGAAGCCAACCCAACACAAAGAUUGUGAAGUAGUUAAACCCAACCCAACUCUUGUUGGUGCCACUAGACCCAAGCAGAUGUCUAGUUAAGCAUCACACUGAGAGGUGCUCAAACUGUUUGGAUCCUUGGGUGGCAAUCACAAGGACUCACAUCUUAAUUCAUAAUGCUUAUUCAUGGUGAACAUUCACAAUGUAUGAGUUAGGUCUUAGUUUGAUUGUCCAAACCAGGGAUGGGGAGCUUUCUCCCCUCCAGAUGACACUGGACUACAACUCCCAUCAGCCCCAAGCAGCCCUGCCAAUGAUCGGAAAUAGGGGGAGUUGUAGUCCAGCAACAACUGCAGGGGGACAGGUUCUUCAUUCCUGGCAUGAACAAACUCAAUGUCUUCUCCCAGCAUUUAAAAAGAACACUAUCUGUUUUAAGAGAUCACUGCCAAGCCUGCACUAAUACUCAACACUAGUCAAGCAAAAAGCCUCCUGAACAAGGAGAUCUGUGUGUAGAAAUAGACUUUUGACUACAGAACGACAAACAGCAGCACUAUAGCAACCUCUGUAGAAGUUCCUAUGCGAACAGAAUUUCAAUUCAGCACUGUCUCCCAGGGAUGAUGCCAUUCCAGUCACAUUUUUUUUCUAGUGGGCUUUGUUUCAAAGAGAAAGUAAUUGUUAUUUGGAUGCUAAAGGAAGAUGCAGGGUAUUCAAGUAAAACAGGAAUUUUGCAAGCGUCAUCUUAGGUGGCUGGUGGGGGUGGGGGAGGAAUAGACAAAAGAGCAAAGGAUAAAGUUAUUUGCAGCUCUGUCUUUAAAACGGCUGGUCACAUAACACAUUAAAUAUUUCCAGUCAUAGAAAAGGUUAUUGAAUGAAAAAAAGGGUAAAUGAACUUGAUGUGGAAAUGCUAGCAGGUAGCUAUAUUGCUACAGAGAAUUCUCUGGAAAGAUUUUUAAGUGCAAGUCUGAUACAAGAAAUGGUAAUUUGAUAAGCAAGGGCUAUGUUUUUCCUCCAUUCCCUCUUUUGCUAUUAUAUCAAUCUCUGUUACUAGGAUGCACCUUAAAAAGAAAACAAAUUACAUUAUGUAUUUUCUGGCUUGUAUAACCUUGAAAAGUAUGUCACCUUUUCUUUCUUUUCUUUUCUCAUUCUUUCCAGAUCACCGAGAUAUAA